AUUGGCUGCAAAACAGGAUUUGCAGACAAUGUGACAGCUGUAUUGGUGAUGUCCUAUAAAUUAAAAAUGAGAGAAGAAGGAGGGAAAUUUGAAAAUAUCAUUGGAGAAACAGGAAGAUGAGCCUUGAGAGAGAAGACAAGGAGACUUUGCAGGCAAGGAUGCAAGCACCGAGGGCAUAUGGCUGGAAGAAGCCAAAUCUAGAGCAGGCCAAACGUGCCGUUUACAAAAAGAUCGUUAAACCGCUAAUGGAAAAAAAGCGAAGGGAUCGCAUUGCCCAUUCUCUGAAUCAGCUAAAGGCUCUGUUAGUAGAUGUACCAAACCAAGGCAACAAGUCUCUCCCCACUUCUCGCAUGGACAAGGCAGCUCUUCUUGAAAUGACUGUGAAAUGGAUCCAAACCUUACAGAUAGCAGUGGCAGAAGACAGGGGCUUUCGGACAGGAUCCUCGUAUUAUGCCUCCGUUGUUCAAGCCACCAUUUCAGAGAGACAGCAGAGAGAAGCUCCGAGUCAAUCAAGUCCCAAUUAUGAAACCUUCUCGCUUGUAACUUCUCCAACCUCUGGCCUGGAAAAGAUCUCAAGGUGGAAUGAAAAAUGGGAGGCUUGCCCCAGCUUCUCAUAUUCUAGAAGACCAGUUCCUUCUGUAGUUCUGAGCAGAACUGGGUCUCACGUCUUCUGGAGGCCCUGGUCUACCUGAAUAUCAUUUUUUAAACUCAUGACUGAAGAAGGGAAUAGAGAAAGUAUCCUCCUAGUACUAGAGCCCCUAAUUUAUUUACCAUUUGGAACAUACUAUCAGAUAAUCUUGUGUUGUGUCUUGUGUUGCUCCAUGGAAAAAAGCAUGUGCAUCUUG